AUGGAUGUUCGGUCAAAGCGGCCAGCUGUAUCUUCUUCCUCCUCCUCUGCUCCUCGGUCUCGCAGGUCUCGACAUCUCAAUUUCUUUUUUGGCCUUCCUCAAUAUGUUGAUUAUGGUGAUUGCAGCUGUGUUUGUGAAUUUUGUGGUGCGUAUUUCUGGUAUCUUGAAAAGGUUGCUAAGUUCUCGACACCUGCUCAUCCGAGGUAUAGUCAUUGUUGUCGGGAUGGAGGUGUUGUUCUUCCAUAUCCUCCUGCAUUUGACCCCGAUUUCGUUGCUCUUUAUGAGAAUGUAAGUUUUAUGAAGGAUAUUAGGGCAUAUAAUAGCAUGUUUUCCAUGACUUCUUUUGGGGCGAAUGUAGAUCACGCUGUUAAUGAAGAUCGUGGGCCUUAUGUUUUUAAGAUAUCUGGGCUGAUUUCUCAUACGAUUGGAUCACUAUCUCCUGAUCCUGUAAAGGGUCCCAGGUUUCUUCAACUCUAUCUAUUUGAUACAGAGCACGAAGUUCAAAAUAGAUUGAAGGCGAUUGAUGGUCCAAGGAAGAGGGAUUUAGAUGGUAAUAUUGUCCAUUUUCUUGUAGGCUUCUUGGGGGCUAAUAAUGAAUACGUACAGACAUUUAAGCUACAGCAUUCUUUACUCUUUUUUGUCAAAUUCCGUCCUUCUACUAUGUUGUUGUUGCUGUUGGGCUUUGCCAUCUUUUUAACUCCUUUGUUAUGCAUUUUGCCUUAUAUAUUUGUUUUUCCUUUUUUUUAG